AUGUGGGUACAAACAUGGUGUGAAAAUGCUUAUCACCUUAGUAAUCGAGAGAAUCCUGAAUCAUCUAGUAAUCACUUUCAUCAUAUACAAUCAAUUCCAUGCAGUUAUCCUCCUAUUCAUGAAAAUUUGAUACAAAACGAUAAUCCUAAUAUAAUCAGUUCAUUCUCUUAUAAUAAUAAUUUUAUUGAUACUAGACUGCCAAUAUCAUUUUUACAAAUUCCAUCUUCAUGCAAUGAUCCAAACUCGACAAUGAUUACGUCACACUAUUCAUCGUCACCGGUUACUCUGGAUUAUUGUGAUAAUGAAAAUACAAAUAUGAUGAGUAAUUCACUAACUAAUUAUGUUACUCCAACUGAUUCUAUAUCACUAAGUCAUAAUGGUAAUGAUAAUAAUGGCAGAAAUAUGAAUAAUAUUGAAAAUAGUAAUGAUUAUGUUAAUAAUCAGCAUCAAGACGGCAACAAGAUGAAUGAAAGAGAAAAUAUGGCCUUACCAAGCCAUAACCUUGAUCGAAUGGUAAAGAAAUCAGAACUAAUAGAUAAUAUCAUGACAAAUACUGUCAGAGCAUGUAACACAAAAAAUAAUCAAUUAUAUGAACAAUUAAAUCAACAAAAUAUAAAUACAAAAUUGAUAAAUUUGAAUAAUUGUCUUUGUAAUCAACCUGAUAUGUAUGUGGAGAAAAUUAAUUCCAAUUAUUCUGAAACAUCUUCUUCACUGUGUGAUUUUCAAUGUACCGAAAUGCCAGAAAUUUCAAAUCAUUUGUUAGAAUUCACUGAAAAAAUUUAUCACCAACAUCAUAACCAAUUUAGUGAUAAAACCAAUCGAUAUUGUAACAGCCGAAAUAUUCAACAUGACUGGUCAAUAUUAAAUACUAUGCCAAACGGAACAGAUUAUGAAUAUGUGAAAUCACAAAUGAAUUUAACGAAAAGUACACAUGAGAAUAAUUCAAAUUAUGAAAAUUAUUCACCUUAUUUCUCAUAUAUGGAUAAUAAUAAUAAUAAUAAUAAUAAUAAUAAUGAUAAUAGUGAUAAUCAUUAUAAUUAUUUAAAUAGAACUGAAAUGUUAAAUAAAGUAAUAUUAGAAAACAGUGAUUUAAGUAUAUCACCAAUUUGUUCUAGACCAUCGUUUACACUACCAUUGACAUCAUCAACAUGUUUACUAUCUGAACAACAAAUAACUAAUUCAAUUAUUUCAUAUCCAAAUGAACAGAGAAUAAUGACCAGAAAACAAACCUUACAAGAGACAAGUCAAUUAGAUGAAUAUCAUAAUUUUGAUAAAAUUUAUUCUCUCCCCUCCACAUGUGUUCAUUCGAAAACAAAUAUAUCAAAUUUAAAUAAUGUUUCAUCUGAAUUUAAUGACCUAUGCAAACCAUUCAAUUAUCAUAUAAAUAAUAAUUAUCAAUUAACAAAUGAAAAUACAAAUGGGAAAUUUACCCGUCAGUUGAAAAAAAGUAAACGAUCUAAUCAUUCUUCACGUCGAAUAACAAAAUUAGAAGGGUUGAAAAAAAUAAAGUAUUCAAGUGGUAACCAAUUUCAUCAUCAUGAGCAACACCAAAAUUUAUCAUCGACAAAUGAACUAAGGUUAUUAGAACUAACAAAGAACAAGAAAACAUUAACCAUCUCAUCAACAAUCCCAUCAAUAUCGCCUACACCAACAUUAAUAUCGACAGUAAUACCAGCAACAACGCCAACCACAACAACUGUCACUAACAUGAUCGAGUCAAAAUCAGUGCCUACAAAAACCAUAAAAGAAAGUAAUGAUUCAUUACACAAUAAUAAUGACAGAAUGGACGAGUUGUAUUGUUUUACCUUGUAUGGUCCAAAUAGUAAUAAUAGUAACAGUAAUGAGAUUAAUAAUAAUAAUAAUAAUGAUAAAACAGUAAACAGUACAGUUGUGAAAUCGGAGCAAACUGGAGUGUGUAAUGAUUAUAUAUCAAACUAUUGGUUAUCAUCGCAUAAAUCAUAUGAUCAUUUUUAUCAUCUUUCUGAUCGAUCUAUUUUACCUCAACCUACAGAAGAACAUCAUCGUUAUCAUCAUCAUGAUUCUCUUCAACAUCAACAACUACAACAGCUUAAUCAUACACAAAAUUAUCAUGAAAAUAUUCUCCCAGCAUUCAUCACAUGUAGUCAAGAACAUAUUCAAAAUCUGCCCGAAAAUCCUGUAUAUUGCUCUAAUUUUGAAAAAGUAACAUCUGUUCAGCAAAAUAAUCCAGAAGAAUCAACUAAUAUGAGAAAAUUUAACAAUGACAACAGUACAUUAGUUAAACAAAUGGAUACAGAUCAUUUUGAUGUGGAAGAUCAAAUUAAAUUUGGAAAAGAAAUAGUCAGUGGGAAUGAUCGUCCGCCAUGUAUUCAGUUAACAGUCACAAGUACCUCAACCAUGACGUCGUCAACAACAAUGAUGGCAACUAUGUCAACACAACCUGAACAUUCAUUUUUAAUAAAUAAUUCAACCACAUUAAAUCUACCAAUCAGCCCAAUUACUCAUAAUGCUACUACUAUUACUAAUAAUAAUAUAUCAAUUAAUUCGCAGUUACUGAGUUCAGAUAUCCAUAAUGAUAGUUUAAAUCAUCAAAAUGAAAGAUUCAAUAAUCAUAUCCUGGAUAGUAAUAAUAGUCGUAUAUGUAACAAUAAUAGUUUCACAGCAUAUAAAUAUCCCUCUCAAUCAAUUUAUACUAGUAAUUGUCAAUUGUUACCGGUUUUCAAUCCCCAACACCGACAACAAACCACUUGCAGUGAUCAAAGUGAAUAUGGCUUAGACCAAUUACCAACAAAUUCUUCUAUUAAUGAUACAAUACAAAUAUGUCCAGAAUUACCUACGAAUAACUUGACCAAAUCUUCCCGUUCUUCUGCUGACACUGUCAGUACAAAUCAUUGUAAUAGUGAUAUUAUUCUCAUUCAUAAUAAAGUUAGUCAGUGUACUCAUCAAUCCAACCAUUAUCAUCAAAAAUCUCAAUUAAUUUCCAAUGACACUGAAUCUAUGAACAAAUCAUACAAUCCAUCAUUCUAUUGUCCAAUAACAUCAACAACCAAUCAUCAGGGGCAUAUACAAUUAUGGCAAUUUUUAUUAGAAGAAUUACAAGAUCCUGAAGCAAAUGCAUUUAUUUCAUGGACUGGUUAUGAAAAUGAAUUCAAAUUAAAAGAACCAAAUCAAGUAGCACAAAGAUGGGGUGCUAGAAAAAAUAAACCAAAAAUGAAUUAUGAAAAAUUAAGUCGUGGUUUAAGAUAUUAUUAUGAUAAAAAAAUUAUUGAAAAAGUUUCUGGUAAACGUUAUGUUUAUCGUUUUACACGUAAUUUAAAUGAAUUAAUCAAUAAUCAAUUGACAGAAUCUGUAUCAUCAUUAUCAUCAUCAACCUCAACCACAUCAUCAUUAGUAACAUCAUCAUCUAUACGUAAAAAUCAACAUUUUCAUAAUUUUAUGAAUAUGAAAACUUUCAAAAGAUCAUUACAUAACAAUAACACAUGGACAAAUAAAAUUUUUGAAGAGAUUUAAU